UGGCCGCCUCCGCCUCUGCCUCAGGGAGGAGGUCAUUCUUCAGCAGGGAGGUGGAGGCAUCGUUCCCCAGCUUGGUGCUGCACCUCGGGGACCCGGCACCGGCAGUCCGUGAUGCGUGCAAGAUGGCCCUGCACCGGUGUGCCCCAUUCCUGGCAUCAGAGAGGGUGCGACGUCGCGUGGCCGCCAGCACUGGGCUGAGCGCCGCCGAGCUGCAGGAUGAGCUCUGCAGGCACCUGGCCCGAGACUGCCCCGCACUGCUGGAGAGCCUCUGCCACAUGGCCCAGAGCUGCUGCACGGGGAGCUGCCAGGCGCCGCAGGAGGCAGCCGUCCGCAUCCUGGGCCUCCUGAUGAAUGCGGCGCCAGCCGAGAGGCCGCAGCGGCAGGACCCGGCGUCGCGGUGGGGAGGUUUCUUCACUGGCGUGGGUGCCCGGUCUGGCCCUGCGCGUGGUGAGAAUGGUGGCAGUGUGGUCGGGGCCGUCCCUGCGGCCAUCACGACCUUCGCCGCCGUGGUGAUUUCUAUUCUGGACCAGUUGGAAGAUGCUCAGGGCGGCAGAGCAGAGGCCUACCGCCAGCUGGAGAGCGUCUUGUGGGGCGACGAGAGCGACCUGCAGAGCUCUGUCGCAGGCAGAGCCAUAGCACUGGCAGCCCAGGACCUGCGCGUGGCCCAGGACACGACGGCCGCCGUGAGGAUGGCGGCGAGUGACGUCCUGGUGGCGCUGGCCCGCUGGCACCUGCAUGAUGUGGUGUCGGUGCUGCAGGGCCACCUCCAGGCCCUGGAGGAGAUGUCGGUGGAGCUGGUCCUCCACACUCUGCACAACCUGGCCAUCCGCUACGCCCUGCAGUGCGUGCCCUUCGCGGGAAAGACGCUGGCAGCCCUGCGCGGCGUGCUGAGCACAGCGGGGAGCAGCCGGAUGCUGUGCGCCGUCUGUGGCGUUGUGGAGCAGUGGUGCAGCGGGAUCAGCGCAUACCUCCGCCAACGGGAGAAAUGCGACUUCCCUCACCUGGGGGCCGCCCAGCUCUGCGCCCCUGUUUACUCGCUUGGCAAGCAGGCCAUGCUGAGGGCGAUGGCUGUUAUGAUGGGUGUCCUGCUGCACGCGGAGGAGCACCACCAACAUGCCUGGGAGCAGCUUCUCUGGCUGCUGCACCAAUACCGAGAAGUCCAGGACCCCUCAGGGGUGACCAGGAGUCUCAACUAUUUCCUGUGGGCCGUGAUGGAUGUUCAGGCCCAGGUGCCCCGAGCCAAGAUUCUGGCUGUCAUCGCGGCUGUGCACGAGCAGCUCUGCGAUGAGAUGGAGCCGCCCAGCCCAGGGCACCGAGCAGAGUUGUGCCACUGCAUGGUGCUGCAGGCCCGAAUUUGCCCGGAGGAGACCAUCGUGUUCCUGUACUAUAAGCUCAGGACCGGGAACAAGGUCGAUCGCGUGGCAGCCGUGGAAAUGCUGCAAGCUCUUGUCCGCUGCGACGCCCCCGAUGUGAGAGAGAAGCUGCCCCUGUUCACCAAGCUGGUGCAGUCUGUGUGCCACGACCCUGCAGCCCAGGUGAGGAAGGCAGUGCUGCGUUUCCUCGGGGAGCUGCUGCACUCCAGCGCCCCGGGCUGCUCGGCGUGGGACGUGGUGGGGCACCUCUUCGGCGAGUUCAGCCGGGCCUCGGGCAGACUGGCAACAGGAAAACUUUCGGUGGUGGAAGUGUGGGAAGAGAGGACUGUUCAGCGCCUCUGCACCCACGUCCUGGGCUCACUGGACGUAUCUGCCGGAGCGGUGGCCAAGCUCCUGUGGCCGAGGCUGCUGCAGUAUGUGGUGCCAGCUGAGUAUACGGGCAUGCUGGUCCCGCUGUGCCGCUGCCUGCGUGCCCUGGCCGAGAGAGCAGAGAGAACAGAGGGCGAGGAAGAGAAGGCAGCGCCCGAGGCCCUGAAGCCUGCAGAGCCAGCCCCUCUGCCGGCUCCCCAAGCCCUGCUGGCUCGUCUGCUGGUGAGUACCGGGGCCCCCGGGGAAGGAGCUUCUGUGGCCGGGGUGGUGGCAGCUGUGGCUCCACACACAGGCGGUGGCCAUGGAGCCGCAGCCCUGCAGCUGCUGCAGGUGCUCUGUGGCACGAUCCACAGAGCAGUGGGGGCGAGCUGGGCCACAGAGAUCCCCCUGCUGCUGCAGCACCUGGCAGGAACAACCGCCGGCUUCCUGGACAGGGCCGAGUGGGACAGCCUCCUGCUGAAGUUCCUGCGAGCGUCGCUGGAGGUCAUCGCCAGCGAGGCCUGGACCGUGGAGCUGAGCCGGGAGCUGAGCCGGCAGCUGGGUGGCUCUCCCCGCCUGUCCUGGGAGAAGGUCUGUGCCCUGGCGGCGGCGCGCCCCGAGGGCUGCAGCGGCAGAGCCUGGGAGGCUCAGGCCGGGGCGAGGGCUGGCGGCGGUGAUCUGCCACAGCUCACCGUGGCCGGGGCCCGGCCUCUCCUCUUGCAGCGGUUCCUCUACAAGGCUCUCGGCACGGCCCUGGCAGCUUGUGGGUGUCUGCGCCACGUGCGAGAGCAGACCCUGCAACAUCUGGAAGCAACCAACUUCCUGGAGCUGUGGGAGGCACAGGGAAUCGUUUCGGUUGUGUCCCGCUGCGCCGAGAGCCACUUCCAGCUGGCAUUGUCCUCAGUGCAGCAAUUCACGGGGACCUUGAAACACCGGAAGCAGAGCCACGCACUGAGGAACCGCGCUGCUCGUGCGACGCUCAUGGUGAUCUACGGCCGGAUGGCGCUGCGCGCCCCCAGGGAGCAGCUGCUCACCCACGUGGAGAGAGACAUCGUGGGGAACGUCCUGCAGCUCUACCGAGAGGGCUGCCAGGACGCGCAGCUGAAGCUCUCCCUGGUGCAGAGCGUAACUGAGAUCAGCCUUGCCAUCCAGGCUGCAGACGCCGGCCCCAGGUUCGAGCUGUGCUGCAAGCGGGAGCUUCUGCAGAUGCUGCUGGAGGUGAUGCAGGAGGAGCCCCAGGAGUCCCCAGUGCAGCCCCGGGCCCUCAUGGCUGUGGAGCAGUUGAGCAAGCUGAAGCCCCGUCUGAGCAGGGAGGAAAAAUGCAGCCUCCUGGCUCAGUGCUGCCGGGGCGUCGUGUGCCUCCGUCACCCAGAGCAGAUGGAGGCGAGAGGGGAGGUGGCAGCGGCUGCUCCAGUGGCACCGGGUGUGCAGGCGCCAUCCCUGCGGGCGCUGGGCCAGCUCAUGAGAACCCUUCUGCGGGAAGAGCCGGCCCCCAUCUGCUUCGAGGACGUGGUACAGGUCCUGCGGCACUGGCUCGCCUCAGCCGAGGAGUGCGAGCGGGAGAGGGCCCUGCAGGUGUGCGUUCAGCUGCUGGGUGCUCAUGAGGAGCAACGCGAGCAUGGGCGAGGCCGCGCCUGCGAGCAGUUCGGCUCCCUGGCGGGACUACUGGGGCCUCUGACCUGUGAUGCCUCAGCUGCGUCCCGCUGGCGGGCAGCCACCUGCCUCGGCCACCUGCUCCAAAUCGGAGCUGAGACCACGGACGUGGCGCCAUGCACUAACGAGAUCAGGUACCUGCGGGAGAGGCUCAACGCCGUCGCCCCCGACUCUCUGCUGGCCACCUCCACCAACAUCGCAAAGCUGGUUUGCAAGCAUGUCCCCCAAGGCCAGGCUGCAGACUUCAUGGACACUGUCAUGGAGAGCCUGCAGUGCACCAGGCCCGUGCGCGCGUGGGCUGCUGGGCGGUGGGCACUCACCUUCCUGGGGGACUGCGGAGAGCAAAUAUUCCAGGAGGAGGUACCUGAACUCGUCACCAUCCUCUGCACCUGCCUGCAGAGCACCCAGCAGAGCACCCGCAGGUGCUUUGUGCUGCGAGCGAUGUUCAUCCUGGCCCGCUGCCACCAGGAACCGGUGAUUGACAGUCUCCUCCAGAGGUGUCUGCCCAUGGACAGCAACACAGUGGAAGUGUGGAGGAGCCUAGGGAGAAGCGCUCUGGGAUACCCAAUCCUGGAGCGCUUAACUGAAAAGUUAAGGGCAGCCGGAGACAGCAGCCAGGGGAGCGAGUGCUGCGCUCGGGAGCUGGGCAGCAGCCAGGCUGCCCUGGAGCCUCACACGAUCAUCCGCGCCCUCUGUGAGAUGGUGUCAGUGCUGCAGAGCGAGGGGCUGGUCCAGCACCUGCUUCCUGACCUGCUUCCCAGCCUCCUGGGGCAGGUCAGUGAGACGCUGCGGGAGGAGAUGGAACCGUCCCUCAGGGAGCCCGAGAGCUCCGACACGUCAGGCAGGCUGUUUGUGGAGGUGCUGGAGCUGGUGCUCUCCAAGUGCCUGGAGGAGCGGUGGCUUCGGCUGCUCCGGGAGCAGGGAGCAUGGGCGUCCCUGGCCGAGCGCCAGGCUCACAGCACUGGCGUGUGUCUUCUGGCGAGCGUGCUGCUCCGCGCGGAGCUUGUCCCACCGCGCCUGCUGCAGAACCUCUCCACCUGGCUGGACUCGUGCUCAGCAAACCUGCGGCUCACGGCCACAGCUUUCUUUGCUGAGCUGAUGAAGGACCGGCUAGUGGAGGAGAGAAAGCUGCUGAAGCCCCUCUUAGAGGCUUUUGCGGCGAGGGCGCGCGACCCCGUCAGCGCCGUGCAGCAGAUGGCAAUGAGAGGCCUGGGCAACGCGGCAAGCGGAGCACCGGUGAAGCUGCAGAGGCACGGGGCAGCCGUGGUGGCAGUGCUACGCGGGGGCCUGGAGGACGGGGCCAGCGUGGAGGUGGCAGCCGAGAGCCUGCUGGCACUGGCGAAAGUGCUGGGGCCGCUGGUGGCCAGGGCCAUUGGCUCGGCCUUUGAAGAGGUCACCAGGUCCAGCCGGGCCUUCUGGGGAGCGGAGGAAGAAGCCCUGCGCUGCUCAGCCUUCACCCUCUACGGCGCCCUGGCCGCCUCUGCCUCUGCCUCAGGGAGGAGGUCAUUCUUCAGCAGGGAGGUGGAGGCAUCGUUCCCCAGCUUGGUGCUGCACCUCGGGGACCCGGCACCGGCAGUCCGUGAUGCGUGCAAGAUGGCCCUGCACCGGUGUGCCCCAUUCCUGGCAUCAGAGAGGGUGCGACGUCGCGUGGCCGCCAGCACUGGGCUGAGCGCCGCCGAGCUGCAGGAUGAGCUCUGCAGGCACCUGGCCCGAGACUGCCCCGCACUGCUGGAGAGCCUCUGCCACAUGGCCCAGAGCUGCUGCACGGGGAGCUGCCAGGCGCCGCAGGAGGCAGCCGUCCGCAUCCUGGGCCUCCUGAUGAAUGCGGCGCCAGCCGAGAGGCCGCAGCGGCAGGACCCGGCGUCGCGGUGGGGAGCUCGGCAGAGGCAGCGGUGCAAUCGGUCACCCCGUGCACGGCGGGCAGCAGCCGUGGGAACCCGGCAGCCCGGGGCAGCAGAGCUAUAAAGCUGCAUCCGUGCGAGCCAGCCUGAAAGGAGUCUCAAUAAAGGAAGUUUUCCUCAUAUCUCA